AAUUUGGAUAAUGAAACUCUGCAAGAAAAACCAUGAAGCUUGGAGAGCACCAAGGACCCCUCAGAACAUUGUCUUCAUUUCAAUCCUGAGCUACAAAUAGUCUCCUUUAUUGGUGCAGUGUUGUUUUAGGUGGGAUUCCCAAGACCUUUCUUUUGAUUUUGAGAUUUUAAAGUAACUGGGUUUUAUUUCUCAGAAUGCCACCAGCUGUUUAGCUUUCAACUUUCAAAAUUUUUCUGAAAUGCCGAUUAAUAAAUGGAGCAGCUUGCCUCUCAGUGUGGUGGGUGCUCCAUCACUGGAAAUUUUCAAGAAAAGACUGGACAACCAUUUAUCUGAGAUGGUACAAGGACUCCUGCCUUGGGUGGGAGGGGGCUGGACUAGAAGACCUCUGAAGUCCCUUCCAGCCCUAUGAGUCUAUGCUGGCUGAGUAAUUCUGGGAGCUGGAUGGCACACAUCUGGAAUCCCCUAGAGUGAUCGAUGUGCACUUAGAACUGUUCAUGGGCAAAGAGAGGUCCCCAGAAGUGUAAUAUCUGCUCCAAUUAUGUCUCAAGGGCUUAGAGUCAACCAUGGUCAUCAGAUAGCAGAUCAAGGAUCAUUGUUCUCGCCUCUGAGGGCAAGAAGGAAGGUAAGAGAUAAUGGGGAGAGCCGCAGCCAACGUCCUUGCGAAGGCAUGCGUGUGUAAACAGACCUUGUCCUUUCAAAGUUUCAGGAGAAGGGUUACCAUGAUUAUUCUGAUACGGAAUGAAAAACCAGAGGAAGAGGUGUUAAAACCGAAUGAUGGGUAUUAAGGGAAACAGAUUUACGAGAGGAACUUAAGCUACCUGGAUUUCUUUCUUGUUUUUUUUUUUUUUAAAUAGUCUCAUUGUUCUGGUAAGAUAGCAAUGUAAAGUUGUGUACACAGUUAACAGAAAAUGUCACUAGGUUUGAACCAGGAUCUAAACUCUUUCAGGAUUAGCAUCGACUCUUUGUUGAAAAGGGAGCUGUAUUGCUGAUGGUAUGCUCCGUGAACCAUGAAAUGGACGUUGUGAUUUCUCCAUCUCUGGAGACUUUUGAGAAGAGCCUGGACAGUCACCUGUCAAGGAUGCUUUAUUGGUUUUGCCUCCAGUAGUUGUGAGUGGAAAUUUUCAAGAAGGUUUUGGACAGCCACUUAUCCGGCGUGGCACAGGGUUUCUGGCUUGAGCAGGAGAUUGGACUAGAGUCAAUCUCUAAGAUCUCUUGCAAUCUUAUUAUUCAAUGUUCUGUGUUCUCCUCCUGAUAUAGCCUUCUCUGGAUGGACCUCUGUUGAAUCCCUAAACUGACAGAAUCGGCAUCUCUGCCAUAUCUGGAAGGUUAGGACAUUUAAUCUUAGAUAUGUUCAUGAUCCGUUGUUAGUUCAGUUAGACUGGAUGCCCUGCCUAAAGCAUCUCCAAAAAAUAUAAAAACUUCACAGUACAGUUCACCUCUACCCAGCACAACCUAUGUUCUAUAACAUUUACAACACCAGCAAAGCAGCAGGCUGACAGCUGAGUUGCGACAUGUAAAAAUUCCCACUGCGCAGUAUGUGUAAUUUAAACAAACAACAGCAAACUUUUUUUUCCUCAGUUGCUAUCUUGUGCAGAACCUGAGUUGAAAAAUGGCUGCUUUCAAAUCUUAAACUCACUUAGGUUUUUCAUUGGCUAGCCUAUCUGUGAUUCAUAGUUCGCAAAAACUUCCAAAGCACAGUUUGUCCUCUGCAAAGCAUUGGCAGUUUAAGCAUCUUUGAAAUUAAGGAACAAGUGACUCUGACAUAGGAUCCAUCCAAUUAUUUUAAAAACGCCAGAUCCCCUGGUUUAUUACUUUCACCCCUACGUUCCUUUUGGCAUCUUUUCUCUGUUCUUGGUCUCUGUUGCCUCUGCGUAUCUAUCUUUUGUGAAGAGGGAGAACCAUAUAUUCUAACUUGUUAAAUGCCCAGAGUCCAAAAACUUGUGCAAAUGAUUAAUUUUUUUCCCUUUAAAACUCUCCCACGCACACCUUUUUCCUGCCCUGCAUUAAAACUCUUAAAUGUUAGAGCUUUAAAAAGAGCUUUAAUCUCUGGCAGAAGAUCAAAGCUGCAACAUCUUUCUAAAGUCUAAAAAAUGUGUUUCAUCUUCAUCUUGGUUUCUUGGAUCCUAUUGGGGUGAAUCUGAUCUUAUUUUUUUUUUAUAACCCAGCUUGAUUAUGGAAUAGUCAACAGGUUGAUUAUGGGAUAGCAUGAAGGGCAGAGUAAAAAUUACUCGGUGCAUCAUUAUCUGUUUGGGGAUUAUGGCAGAGAUUAGACAGUUUAAUAAAGGCAAAAAGUAUUUGAUGAAAGGAUCCCGAAGAAAGCAGAUGUCUUUUCAUACCGAGCUUCAUCUUGUUGCAAUUAUAAAAACCAGAAAAGACAUGGAGGAGUUGGCUAGAGAGAGCAUCAGCUUGCUAGCUAAGCCAUCUCUGGAGUCUGAUAGCCCCCAACUUUCCUCAUUUGGUGCCGUCUUCAUCUUGCUAAAAUCUGCCCUUGGAGCAGGGCUCCUGAAUUUCCCCUGGGCCUUCAAUAAAGCUGGCGGAAUGGCCCCAGCGAUCUCUGUGGAGCUGGGAUCUUUGAUAUUCCUCAUCAGCGGCCUAGUAAUCUUGGGUUACGCUGCUUCUAUCAGCACUCAGACAACCUACCAAGGUGUGGUGAGAGAAAUCUGUGGGUCAGCUGUGGGCAAGCUUUGCGAAGUGUGCUUCAUCUUGAACCUCUUCAUGAUCUCCGUGGCCUUCCUCAAAGUUAUGGGAGAUCAACUAGAAAAACUAUGUGAUUCUUUCUCCCUCAAUGAAACUCUGAAUGGAGACCGUUUUCACCAGCCCUGGUUUAUUGACCAGCGCUUCACCUUGUCUACCUUGUGCCUCCUGGUUAUUUUCCCCCUCUCCAUCCCAAGACAAAUUGGCUUCCAAAAAUAUACAAGUAUCCUUGGCACUUUAGCUGCCUGCUACCUGAUGGUGGUCAUUGUGCUGAAGUAUUACCUCAGAACAGAUCACGCUGUUAAGCAGGAGCAUCCCCAUUCUGCUAUUUCUUGGGCCUCCAUGUUCAGCGUUGUCCCGACCAUCUGUUUUGGGUUUCAGUGUCAUGAAGCCUGUGUGGCCAUCUACUGCAGCCUGGGCGAUAAGAGACUGUCCCACUGGAUGGUGGUGUCUGUGAUGUCCAUGCUCUUCUGCUUGUUGAUAUACUCCAUGACAGGUUUGUAUGGCUACUUGACAUUUGGCGCUGACGUUGCUGCUGACAUCCUAAUGUCUUACCCAGGAAAUGAUGUAGUGGUUAUUGUAGCUCGGCUGUUAUUUGGCAUCUCCAUUAUCACCAUCUACCCCAUUGUCCUUUUUCUAGGAAGGUCCGUCCUCCAAGAUUUUUGCCUCGGCUCCAAGCAGGGCUGUAUCCAGAUGGAGAACAGUGAGAAGUGCAUGCGAAUUCUGCUGACCACUGCUUGGGUGGUGGUCACCCUCAUCAUCGCCCUGUGUGUGCCUGACAUCAGCGAGGUGGUCAGCGUCAUUGGUGGCAUUGGGGCUUUCUUCAUCUUCAUCUUUCCAGGGCUAUGUUUGGUGUUUGCAAUGGAGACAGAACCCUUCAGGCCAAGAACCAAGUCCUGCCUAAUUACCUGGGGGAUCAUCACUGUCCUUUGUGGAGCUUUCAUCUUUGGACAAAGUACAGCAUCGGCCAUCAUGGCAAUAUUGCGCAAACUCUAGCCAAAGUCAUCAGCAAAGGUGAUGUUGCAUCCACGAAACACUCACAACUGGACUAUUGGGAGGCAAUGCUCAGCGCCCUUGAUAGAUGCAGUAAAAUCUCAGUUUAGCAGACUUUGGAGGCAAAGAGUUUCAAAGAAUUGCAGCACCGGCAUUUAACAAACCAAAGUCCGCCUGCAUUGCAAAUAAUGCAGACAAUUGAUGCUAUUUCCUCUGCCUCCCGAUGCAAUGAUUCACACUGUAAAAUUGACAGCAGUUGCACUGUUAUGCACAAUGGCGGCAUUGGUGUCAUUAUAUCAUUUGUCUCGCAAUGAACAUGACAUCAUGAAAAAGACGUAAUAGUGACAUUUAAAUGGCCCAUUAAACUGAGAUUUUACUACGUUGAAGAUCUGGUUAUAAUUUAACUCAUGUUCACAUUUUAUCUAUCUAGUAUUCUUAAUAAAAGUGAUAUGUUAGUCAUCUCUCUUAUUGGAUGGAACUGUUUUUAAAUAUUCUUGUGGAAUAUUCUUGUGGGUCCUGGGCAGGCUUUAUUGUACAUUACAUACAGUCUUCAACUAAUGGCAAUUUGCUUAAUGAGGGUUUCAAUUAAUAACAGCCUCCUAAAAAGUCAGUUCUGACUAAAUUCAAACUUAUGACUGUUGUAGUGACAUGAACGCAAUUUGGGUGGCUCACAUUUAUAAUGGAUUACAGCAUCCCACAUGCAGUGGUAGGAUUCAGAUAAGUGAACAUCUGGUUCUCUGUGUGGAUGCCGUUUCCCGAAGUCCUAUUCUAUUCUAUUCUAUUCUAUUCUAUUCUAUUCUAUUCUAUUCUAUUCUAUUCUAUUCUAUUCUAUUCUAUUCUUGAUUCGCUUAAUAACAGUGGCAAAAAAAGGUCAUCAAAUGGGGCAAAACUCAAAUUUUGGGCUCAACUGCAGUUGUAAGUCGAUGGUUCAGAGUGACAAGACAGUCUAAUUACCUGAAAUCCACCUGCUCUUUGCAUCUUUGCUUAUCGGAGACAAUUGGACAAGCACAGAUGUUAUCAGGAUGGCCUUACUCUGAGCAUGAACUCUCCCCUGUGAAUCAGAAUGGUAGAAUCCAUAGCGCAAACCAAGUCGAAGAGCCGCAU